AUGUUAUCGAGACAAGUAGGUCGUGCUUGUUAUAGUACAAACAUUACCCAAGAUUUUAUUAACGAUCUAUUAGUAAGAGCUAAAGAAGCUACAACACAUUCCGUGGCGGCAAAGAGCCAACAUACACAAAAUAAAAGAGGUAAUUUUAACAAUACCAAUAUUAAAAACAAUAAUUAUAAUAAUAAUCGUGAUACCAGAACUGGGAAUAAUGGAAAGUUUAAGUUUGCACAAAAUAAAGGGAGAUCAUUUAAUAAUAGAAAAUUCAAUAGAUAUGAUAAACAAGGAUCCGAAGGAAAUAUUACCAAGGGUCAAGUAAUGACAAACUCAAAUGUCAAGAGCGACAUUACUUUACAACAACCUCAAUUUGCAGGUAAAAAAAAUGCUGAAUCGGAAUCUAUUGAUUUUAUUGAUAUUAUUCAAGAUCAAGAUAAGACAAAGAAUGUUUCUUCCAGACAAAAACCUGUUGUUCAAAGAAAGAGAGAUACAAGAGGUAGAAAACCACAUAUGAGAUUGACGACAACAAAUAAUUUCCAAAAGAGACAACGCCCUAAAGUUGAAAUUGUGUCCGAAUUGUAUUACCCAGAGGAUAAUACUGCAGAAUCAUUAUUAAAAUAUUCUUCUGAUUUAUAUUCUGUUCAAUCUACAAGAGCUAAAAAUUUUGCUCUAAAAGAAUUGGAAAACUCUAAUUUCCCUGUGAAUAGACAACCAAAUUUUUCAUCUACAUCUAAAUAUUCUCCAUUAUUUAAUGGGAAUAAUUCCUUUGGCAAAUAUAUGCCUGCUAAUUCAUUAAUUUUACAACAAGAAGCUCAAUUAAAGAAUCAUACCAUGGAAACAGAUAAUGUAAAAUAUAUAGCGGCAGUUAAAGGUAAAUAUAACUCAUUAUCAUCCCUCACAUUGAAAAAUUUUAACUCGAUCUCUACAAACAAAACAAUCCAAGAAAACUUACUAAACAACAGUAAAACUGUAGGACUUGCAUUACAAAAUAAUGUUGACAUGAAUAGAGAUCCAGAAAAGUUCAAUCUAAUAUUCGAAGUUUGUUCUGGUUUAAAACCACUUUCUGAAUUAAAUCAAUAG